AUGGCAGUGCAUUACAGCCCUUUGCCAACGCCGUUCAAUGUGGUGAGCACAGAGUUGAGCUGGCUGACGCCCUCGGUGACUCUUAGCCAUGAGUUAGUCACCAAUCACAGCAAAACUGCCCUGGCAGCUUUUCAACCUUCGGCUGGCGUGGCAGGCUCAUCUUCAAGUCAGGUUCCUCGCCGACUUUUGGCUGCCGAUGGCAUUUCAUCCGUCAAUCUUAAGCUGAAGGGUCUUAACCGUGGCUUUUAUGCCAAGCACCAGCGCAUAGUGGCCGGACCCUGUGCGUCGGAAGAGUCUGUGCACGAUGGCCUGGCCUCCUCGCAACCCCAGACGAUGCAGUUUGUGCUCGGCAUGUCAGAUCUUCUCUUCGUCUCGGUCACCACGUUCUCCGGAAAGGAGUACCUGUUCUCUGUGGAGCGGGCUGCGAACCAUCGAGUUCGUGACAUCAAGAAGAGGAUAUGCGAGCGCGAACGUCCUUCGAGUUCGGAAGACGUGGAGCUUGUCCUUGCCGGCACGCCUCUGGAAGACCAUUGUUUGAUCAACGACUUGGACAAACAUCGGGAUUUCGGAGCCGUGGGGUCCUGCCAUUUGCAUCUUCUCGUGCGGAAGAAUGCUCGUGUGCAUGCCAAGUCCGGUCCCGGCCGGACAAUGGAGCUUUCCGUCAAUGCGACGGAGGUUGCGUCGUUGCCGUCAAUACAGGAGGUUGGCGACGAAGAAUGCCCUGCAUCUGUUCCUCUGGCCCUUCCCUGCUCGAGAACCACUUCGAGUGAAACAAUCCAGCCGACAAUGCUUGGAAAUCACCCUUCUCUGAAAGGGGAAGGCUUCCGGGCGAUGAUGAGGGAUGUGGGUACCGGCCUUCUCGAAGGCCACGUUCCGCACCUGACUUCUGACGGCUCGGGUGGCACUUACCUCAUGUCCGACGCUUCGGGGGCGUCGACAGUAGCUGUAUUUAAACCCAUGGAUGAGGAGCCUCUCGCUGUCAAUUGCCCCCGCGGGAUGGCUCCGAGUCUUGAUGGGGAAGGGUUGAAGCGUGGCACUCGAGUGGGAGAAGGUGCUUUCCGCGAAGUCGCAGCUCACCUACUGGAUCAUCCACUGAAGGAAGGAGACAGCGAGGGCUACGCAAGCGUUCCUCCGACCACGCUUGUCGGCUGCUCCGCCAGCUUUUUCCCUCGCUCUGACUCUCCGCGGAGUCCGCUGGAUGACCUGGAAGGGAAGAAGGUCGGUUCGCUUCAGAAGUUCGUCCAGUCGUUCAGCAACUGCGAAGACAUGGGACCGUCGCGGUUCCCUGCGUCGGAGGUUCACAAGAUCGCGGUUCUGGACAUGCGGCUUGCCAACACGGACCGGAAUGGUGCCAACAUUCUUGUACAGAGGGUCGACGGUCCGAGUGGGGUCAAGCUUAUUCCAAUUGACCAUGGUUACUGCAUUCCUGAUAAGUUCGAGGAUUGCACGUUCGAGUGGCUGUAUUGGCCCCAAUCCAAGGUUCCCUUUGCUGAGGAAACUCUGGAGUACAUAUCUAAGCUCGAUGCCAACAAGGAUAUUGAGAUUCUCAAGGAGAGCGGCUGGUCACUGAAUCCAGCAUGCAUUAAGGUACUUCAAGCUUCUACCAUGCUUCUCAAGAAGGGUGCAUCUGCAGGCAAGACUCCAUAUGAGAUUGGGUCCAUGAUGGUCAGAGAUGACCCAGAUGUCCCUUCUCAGAUCGAAUCCCUGGUGGAGGAAGCAGAGCUGCAGGCUCAGAGGACUGGUAACCAGUCCUUUGAGGUGUGCUUUGAGGCAGCACUAGAUCAGCUCCUGAUAUUUGACCGUAGCGGUCUUAUCGUCUUCCUGACCGCUGUUUACGUCUGCUCGUCGCUAUCCUCCCCGUCCCGCGCCAACAGCGCCGACUACGCCAACCAAGACUCCGUGCCGCCCACCGACACGUGGAAGGAAUCCAAGCCGUUGCUGCCGCUCUCGGGGCAAGCGCGCAACGCCACCGUCCCAUCCGGCCUCACCGCCUUCUUCCGCGUCCCCAGCACGUGCAGCGCCGCAAGCGGCGCCGCAGGAGGCGCAGGGGCAGGGGGAGGGUCGAGCACAGGAGGGGUAGGCGGAAGCGGCGGGGACGCGCGGUGGUAUGUGAAUGUGGAGAUAUGGGGGCUGUUCGCGCCGGGAAACGACACGUCCGUGUUCUACCUGCCCAUGCUCAUGCUCAACAGCAAUGGCGAAGUGCCCACCGUUCUGGUUACCAACACGCUGCAAUAUCGCCUGGACGACCACACGAGCAUAGAUUACCCGAAUUUCCGGUCAGGGCAGCCGUACCAGAUAGUGAGCGUGGUGCAGGACGACCUCGUUAAGAACGGCUCCGUUAACGCGACGGAGCUGAUAGUGGGCAUUUUCAGCGACUCAUACAUUGCAGAGGGGCAGGACCUUGGCUUUUCCAUCCGUGCCUUCUGCUCCCAGGGCAGGGGGUGUCCAGUCAACUGCAGUGGGCGGGGCGUGUGCGGGCAGGGGGGAGUGUGCCAGUGCCCCAAGGGGUGGGGCGGCACUGCUUGUGCUGAUGUGGUGCAUGACAUCCAGCCGGGUCUGCAAACCCUUGCGCCGGGGCAAUGGGCCUACUUCCAGAUUCAGGUGACCCAGCCAAACACCAAGCUCCUAAUCCAAAUGGAGCGAGCAGCAGGAGACCUGGUCCUAUUCGCAAAACGCCAGGAGCAGGGCUUUCUGCCGUUCGGCAUGCCCACGGUCUUCGAUUUCAACGGCUUUGCUGACAUGGACUCCUUUCGGCAGCGCCUCGACCGCCACCAGAUCGUCUGGAACCGCACUGAACCGGGGAUUAUCCUGGUGGCCGUGCUGAACAACGACGUGGAUUUGAGGGAGACAGGCGGGUUCAGGCUCGAGUAUAGGCUCGCAGUGGGAAGGGAGGGCAGGGCGCUGUGCCCGUGGGACUGCGGGUGGCCCGCGGGUUUCUGCCAGGCGCUGUCGGUGGAUGGAGGGGGGGAUGGGGGAGCGGAGACGCAGUGUGUUUGCAACCCGGACUCUGCAGGAAGCUUCUGCCAGGGAGGUCUCCAAACGGCAGAGCUAGGCAAGGCGGUGAAGGGCGUGCUGCCUCCGGGGCACUGGACGUACGUGCAGUUCACCUUCGACCCCUCCACCAACAAACAGAUCGUCAUCAGCUUCACCCGCAAGGGGGGACAGGCGAGUCUAGUUGCGCGUCAAGGUGCCGUGCCCUCCCUGCUGGAGAACGACUACCGGUUCACGGUGCGCGUGACCAACGACACACUGGUGUCGCUGUUUGACGUCGUCAACUCGUCGCUGGAGGGGCCCUACACGUUUGGCAUCUUCAACCUCAACUACUAUGUGCACCAGAGCUGCGAGUUUGAACUCGAAUUCAAGUAUAAAGACUCCCCCAGCUUCUUUGACUCGCCCUUCAUCAUAAUCAUCUACGCCGUGCUCGCCUUUCUGCUGCUAGUUCUCAUCGUCAUCGUGCUGCGCUGUGUCAUCCGCCGCCCGCCCCCCGCCGCUCCUGACGUGGAGCUCUCCGCCAUCGGUGACAUGGACAGGCACGUGGAAGCGGUGCCAACAGGAGUAGACAGGGCGCUGGUGGAGUCAUUCCCGCUGGUGAAGUUCCGAGACGACCUCUUCGAGUCCUCUGACGACGCACACUGUGCGGUGUGCCUCGCGGAUUACGACGAGCAGGAGAGCUUGAGGAAGCUGCCAGCGUGCAGCCACUACUUCCACGUGUCGUGCAUCGGCGAGUGGCUUCGCACGCGCUGCUCCUGCCCCCUCUGCCGCCGCUACGUGCUGCUGCAGCCCCAGCAACCCCAGCAACCAGAACAGCCACAGCAGGCGGGGCAGGCAGGGCAGCCCUCAGCCUUGCAAGCGGAGCAGACAGGACAGUUGAUGCCGCCCACACAGGCGGAGCAGAACAACGGGAGCUGUGUGGAGGGUCAGUUGGAGCAGCUGCUGCCAACCGAGUCGGGGCGGAGCAAUGGGGGGUGUGAGGAGGAGGGUUCAGAGCUUGGAGAGGAGGAGCGAGUGACAGAGCAGGUGCAAGGGAUGGCGCAAGAGGGUAUAGAGGGAGGUGAGGUUGUAAAGAGAGCUGGGGAGGAUUGUAGUGUGCGGCACCCACAGCAGGAACGGCAAGAGGUGCAGGAGGAGCAGCAUCGGCAACAACAACUACAAGAGCAGGAGGAAGGGGAGAGGGAUGGGCAGUGGCUUGAAGAGGAGAGAUUGAUGAAGCGGGAGGGAGAAGAGGGAAUGAAGCAGGAGGGGUGUGAAGGGGAGAAUGACGUGAUUUAUAACCCGGAGCCAGCUUUAGAAGGCUUGUUGGAUGGAGAUGGAAGGCAGCACCGGGAGCGGCAUGAAGAUAUUGCAGAGCGAGUUGAGCAUGACAUGCAUUAG